AUGUCCCGCGCGGAGACGGUGAAGGCAUCGCCUUCCGACACCGACGGGGGGACGGAGAAAGCGCCGUCCCUGGCCUCGGGGUUGCGGCGGGGCCGCAUGCUGCACGGCCUCGAGGUCGCCCUCGUGGUGGUUGGCCAGUGGGCUGGCUAUCUGGUGAAACCUUUCAACGAGAAGGAUGGUUCCAGCUUCACGUGCGGUCUCUGCGCCCACGAGAGCACGGACCCGAGCCCGUAUCCCCAGGCGAGUAGCGAGGACGAGUUCGGCGGAUACUGGCCGUGGAAGUACCGCGCCGACCAUGGCAGCAUGAUCCGCCAGGCCACGGGCUAUUUGUGCCUGGUUUGCAAGGCCCUGUUGCGCAAGAAGGCAGGCGACUUCGAGCAUUGCCGUUGGACAUUCCACCUCCGCUCGAUCCGCAGGGGUGCCCCGCCCGGCCUAUCCUGCACGGGGCCCGACGCGACUCGAGCGGUGCUCUUGGACCCCCACUUGCCUGGCGGCGAGAAGAAGCCGCUGAAGGAGUACAUCAAGUGGGUGCGCCAGGAUGCGGGCCGGGCGCAGACCGUGCGGCUCAAGGUGGAUGCGUACGUCCAGAGCCAGGCGGGGAAGGACCCAGAGAAGCGCCGCCGCAUGUCCAGGCAGGCCGCGGGAGACAUCCAGCAGGCUCGCCAGGUAUCUUCCGUCAAGGUCUCCGGGCGUCGCCUGUCUGCGAACUGGCAUCAAGCCUGCCCCGUGAGCAAGUGGCACGAGGCUUUCCCUGAGACGCCGCUGUCCACGGACCCGAAUUGUCGCGGCGAGGAGCUCAUCGACGGCGCCUGGCAGGAGGUUGUAUAUGUCAUGAAGGACGGCGCGAAGAAGUUCUUGUACGACAUCGCGGACUACGACGAUCGCAAGGUGGAGGACAGGACGGUGCUGGCGACUGUGGCCGAGUCAGACGACGACGCGGACGCGGCUGAGGUUGCGGCUGCUGCCGAGGCCGCCGUGGCCCCAAUUGCAGCCCUGCGGCGCGCCACGCAGUGCGCGGAGAUCGGUGCAGCAGAGAGCGCGCCGUCGGAGGGGCACCAGUCCGACUCUCCCGCGAGCGACGAGGACGCCGAAGAGACGGAUCUCGUGGCCGCGGCGCUGUCGGGCCUGUGGGGCACGGCCCGCGCCGCCAAGCCCGCGCCCAAGGCUGCGACCAAGCCGCAGGCCAGACCGCCAGCCCAGACGACCGGGAGGGCUACGUCCGGGCGCCCCGCCCAGACAGCCGAGAUGCCUGCCGCCAAAGGGGCUGCCACGCCCGCAGCCGCUGCCCCUUCGAAGUGCGCCGCGCCCUCGGCGCAGGCGCCGCCGCAGAGGUCAGCCGCCCGCGCCCCCGCUCAGACGGCCGCGCCCUCGGCGCAGCCAGCCGGCGGCAGCAGCGCCAGUCCGCCCUUGGCGACCCCGCAGCGCUCGGGCCGGAGCCAGCCAGGGAAGAAGCGUGGCAGCGGCGGUUCGUGGGCCGCGCCCCUGCUCGCCCGGCCGCCCGACGACUCCGACGAGGGCGGCGGGCAGCCGGACGAGCCAGCACCUCUCGAGGACGGCUCCGCGUCGAAGAAGAGGGGGCGGAAGGCCCUCGAAUUCAGCCUCGCAGCGGCCGGCAGGAAACUCAAGGGCGAGGCCGACACGCUCUUCAACACGUUCCGGGAGUGUUACAAAUUGCUCGACUUCAGCGGAGAUGUGGACCUGUCCACGAAGGAGGGGAGAGCCCACUUCAAGGCCACGGCUUUUGAGCAGGCGGCAGCCGCAGAGAGCGCCAUCCACACGGCCAAGAAGGCAGCGGCCAAGAUGGGGAAGAUCCCGGAUGACGGCGCGCAGGCGCUGCAGAUCAACAAGGCGUGGCUGGCGCGCCCAGAGGAGGCGCUGGCCGCGGCAGUGCGGGUCGUCAAGGCUGCUGUGAGCGAGAAGCCAGGGAACACCGAGACUCUCCUGAAAGACACCGAGAUCGCCGCGGCGGAGGACAUCGCGUUCGGCGUGGCGUACCACAUGCGGUUCAGGAGCUGGAAGGCAGACGAGGCCAUCAAGCGCUGCGAUUGGUUACAGCUGAUGUCCCUGUUGGAAAGCGGUGCUGCAGAUGGCGCGCCCUCGGCAGAUCUCGCGACGACGACCCUCGAGCGAGUCGGCGCGGGCAUGAUUUCGGCCGUCGCGAAGUCGGACGCCAAGGAGACGGUGGACGAUCCCGUGGUUGCCUUCGCUGGCGCCGCGCGGGAUGCUCUCCAGCGGGCCCCCGCCAACCCUGCGCGGCCAGUGUGGGAGGAGGAGCUGAAGGGUCAAAUCCAAGUUCUCUUGGCAGUGUCGCGCGCGAGCACUGCCCCGCUGACUGAGGUGGAGGAGGCGCUGGAGGCGCUCCCGCAGCUGGAGGGGGCCUUGGGCGUCGCUUUGAACACGAGCCCGGGCGGCAAAGUCCUCGUUGGUUGGGCGGAGUCGGCCAUGAAGAAGCGGCCCCACGAGGAGGCUGCUCUCCAGUGCGCCCAGGCAGCCCGGGAGCUCUUCGCGCAGGUGACGGGCCAUGCCGCCGGGGAGCAGUGGCAGAAUUGGACCGAGGAGGUGUCGCGCGCCUGCAAGAAGCAGAAGGAGGCCGCGUCCAAGGCGGGCGCGCUGCAGGAGGCCGACCGGCACCGACUCGCCAGGGAAGGCACGGCGUUCGAGGACGUGGUCCUCGGGUUGCUCUUGCGCUCGCCCCGCGAGGAGGAGCUCCUGACUGCCGCGUGCGUCGAGCGGCUGGAGUUGGAGCACGGCUGGUCGACCGUCGAGGAGUGGGCGCCUGAUGGCAUCACGGGCCCCCACGAGACCGCCUUCGGGGCAUUGAAGAAGAUCGCCGACAUCGCCGCGUACAGCCGUCUCGACGUACCUGGGAUGAAGCAGCCAGUGAAGACAGCCAAUCGGUUGUGCGACCUCUUGAAGGAGAGCCCCGAGGCGUUGUUGAAGGUCUGGGCCUUGGGCCACAGCGUUCUGGCCAGAGCCAAGGGUGCAGCAGAACAGUCUCUGAAGCGCGUGGACUCGGCGGCGUGGCAACGGAAGGAAUUGCAGGCCUUCUUGAAUAUCUCCAAGCUGCUGAGCGCGGAGCCGCCCGGGGACACCUGGAAGGAAGCGGACAUGUGGCUGUGCAGCGUCGCGGCCGUCGCCGACGCCAAGGAGCUUGCCGAGCAGGCCGGGGGCGAGCUGAACCUGGAGCUGUGGGAGAACGCGAGCGACGCCGUGCGCCAGCUCGGGGACAUCGGGGACAUGGUGCAGCCGGAGCGCGCCUUCCAGACGGUCAUCGCGAAGACUUUCGACGCUUCUCUGGAAGAUGUGGAGGCAGCAGUGGGGGCCAGCAAGGAGCUGCACGCGCAGGCCGUGCCAUGGCUGGAGAAAGUCGCGCAGGAGCGGGCUGAACGCUCCGUCAAGCGGUUCGACGCCGAGCCAGCCGUGCGCGCCGCGAAGGAGGUUCUUGAGAGGAGCCCCAUCCCCGAGACGCUGCAGGAAGCGGCCGAGUUCUUAAAGGUUGUCGGUGGCACCGUGGACAUGCCGGAGACCUUCGGCGGCAAGGGUGGGAAGAUGGUUGAUGCUGUCAACAAGGUGAUCGGUGGCUUCUCUCUCAUAAAGGAGGUGUACCGCGACCCCCAUCUUGAGUCGCAGGUGGACUCCAUGACGUCACAGUUGCGACAGCGGCUCUUCCUGGUCGCCUGGUGCGCGAACGUGGCGUCGUCGAUUUGGGGGGCGAAAGGCCAGUCGAGGAUUCUGGCCCAGCAGAAGCAGAAGGUCCGCGAUGCCAUGAAGAACCUCAUCAGCGUCGCAGAGGAGCCUGACAAGACGAAGGAGGAGUUUCCCGCGCUCGAGGGCCGCCUGAUCCCCGAGAUCCUUCUGAACGCGGGGAAGGCGAUCCUCGCCGGCCGCGCAGUGAGCGGGGAGAGCGAGGCGGAAGGCGCCAGCGGUGCAGCAGACAGCGCGCCUGGGAGCGGGGCCGGCGGCACUGACCAGAAAGGGUGCGCCCGGGCUGCGCCCGGGGCCGCCAAGAGGGCCAGGGUGGGCGACGCGGCGUCGUUUCCAAAGGCGACGCCGCAUUCCCCAGCGGUUCUGGCGGCGAAGAGAGCCAGCAUUGGCGGCGCCCCUGUGUGCAAGUCCGCGCGCAAGGCCGCGUAG